GACUGUUUGCCAUUCUCCAAUCUUCUGAAUGCUUGAAUCCUUCUACAUGGCCCUUGGUCAACCUGAAUUGAAGCACUAUUUUCUCAAAAUGAUAGGCCUCUUCUUCAGUUAUUUGGCCUGGGCUUUUGGCAUCAGCCUAGCCAGCAGCAGAUCCUGGCGCGUGUGGGAGUUUAACAGCAACAUUGUUCCCAUUGUGUUCAUUGGACUUUGGGAAGCUUUCUAUUUUCAAAGAUUUAACAUCUCUGGCUCCAUUGUUGAGUUGCCGAUGCACAGCAGGAUCAAUGAGAGCUGGGUCAUUUCGGAUGAAAUCUGUUAUGGGCAGGAUCUGAUAUUGUUAGCAAAUUUUAUGAAGUCAGUAGUCCUGAUCUUUGGCUCAGUGGCACUUUUGGUCAGCCGGAUCCAUGCCCCAUACCCAGAUUUCCUUCAGCUGUGUUACGACAUCUCUGCCUUCUUUCUUGUCUUCAGCAGUAGUUGUACUAUGAUUACGGUGAGCUGGAAUUUCACUGCAGAUUUUUAUGGCCAAACCACCCUUGACUUCCCACUCAGCUUUCCCAUUGGGAAAGAAAUGCUAAUAAGGAAACGCUUCUCCUACGUGUUCCCGCUAGGACUCAUAACUGCCACCCUGUCGCUAAUAAGUGCUGCCAUGUUCUUCUGUGAAAUAUUUUCCAUAAAACAGUGGAGUCAAGUGAAACCCAUGGCUGUGGGCAAAUGCCCAAAACGAAAGGUCUGAAUGAAGGGCCUUCGUCAAUAAAAAUUUUUUUAAGAAACAUCCUACCUACAUAUCAUAUUGUUGUAACCAUCUACUCAUUUAAAAUAAAACAUA